AAGUAACAAACUGAAACUGCCAUGGCGAUUGUGAACUCCCUUAACUAUCAAAAACCCUUCCUUCAACCCAAAAACCCUAAUUCCAAUCCCCUCAAGUUUAAUCCGAAAUCCCCAAAUCAAGCUUUCCCCGGCCGUCGUAGAGUUCUCGUUUUUGGCAGCGUCCAAGACUCCGAAGGUGAUGAAGUUGAGAAUUUAGGAGUUAAAGCCGCUUUAUCAAUGCUCAGAUUCUACAAAAGGGAGAUCUCGCCGGUAAUACCAAAAAGUUGCCGGUUUGUUCCCACGUGUAGUGAGUACUCCAUGGAAGCUUACAAGAAAUAUGGGGUUGUAAAGGGCACGGUUUUGACAGCUUGGCGUCUUUGCCGUUGCAAUCCUCUUGGUGGGUCAGGGUUUGAUCCUCCAAGGUGGUUUGAUGAGAAAAAUGCUACAGAAGAAUGAAAGGUUUUGUUUUGCUUUUCAUUAAGGUGGUAAUGGAAUUGUAUGU